AGCAGCCAUAGCCGCGGUAGCAGCAGCAGCCGGUCGGAGAGAGGUGACAGGAGUGAGCGCUCGCAGAGAGAUGGCUGGUCUGAUCGCAUCAGUCGGGGGAGUAAGAGAGAAGAACCCAUGACGCCACAGCAUCGCCCCAGAGAUUCUUUCACACCCUCACGCUCCAACUGGGAGGAGGAUGACAGUGGUUAUUCCAGUUCACGGCAUUCCCAGUGGGAGUCUCCGUCCCCUGCCCCAGUCUAACAAAGAGAUGGAUCGCUCGGAGCGAAGCCACCGCUCCGGCCGAGAGAGUGAGAGGAGAGACAGAUCAAUAAGAGGCCGCUACCCUGACGACACACCCCUACCUACCCCAUCAUACAAGUACAAUGAGUGGGCCAAUGACAGAAAACAUUUGGGUUCUACGCCUCGUUUAUCACAAGGAAAAGGUAGGAAAGAAGAUGGUGCGGGAGGAAUUAUGUUUGAUAAUGUGGAUGAGAAAGACCAGUGGGAUGAGGACCAGAAGCAAGCAGACAGAGACUGGUACAUGAUGGAUGAAGGCUAUGAUGAGUUCCACAACCCUUUCACUACCACCUCUGAAGAAUAUGUGAAGAAGAGGGAGCAGAUUCUUCAGAAGCAGACUCAAAAAAGAAUAUCUGCCCAUAGGCGACAGAUCAACGAGGAUAAUGAGCGGUGGGAGACCAACCGUAUGCUGACCAGUGGUGUGGUGCAGAGGUUGGAGGUGGAUGACGACUUUGAGGAGGACAAUGCUGCUAAGGUUCAUCUACUGAUUCACAACCUUGUUCCUCCCUUUCUGGAUGGAAGAAUAGUCUUCACUAAGCAGCCGGAGCCUGUCAUCCCUGUGAAAGAUGCAACCUCUGACAUGGCCAUCAUCGCUCGUAAAGGCAGCCAGCUGGUCCGUAAACAUCGUGAGCAGAAAGAACGCAAGAAGGCACAGCACAAACAUUGGGAAUUGGCAGGCACCAAGUUGGGGGAUAUCAUUGGCGUCAAGAAGACCGAGGAGUCAGACACCCAUGGUGGAAAAGCGGUAGGCGAGGACGGCAAAGUAGACUACAGAGCAGAGCAGAAAUUUGCAGACCACAUGCGAGACAAGAGUGAGGCCAGCAGUGACUUUGCGAAGAAGAAGACCCUUCUGGAACAGAGGCAGUACCUGCCUAUUUUUGCUGUCAGACAGCAACUCCUUAACAUCAUAAGGGACAACAGCAUCGUGAUUGUUGUUGGGGAGACGGGCAGCGGGAAGACCACCCAGCUGACUCAGUACCUGCAUGAGGAUGGCUACACCAGCUACGGCAUGGUGGGUUGUACUCAGCCCCGAAGAGUGGCAGCCAUGAGUGUGGCCAAGAGAGUCAGUGAGGAGAUUGGCACCAACCUUGGAGAGGAGGUGGGCUACGCAAUCCGUUUUGAGGACUGCACAUCGGAGAAAACCCUGAUAAAGUACAUGACAGACGGUAUCCUGCUCAGGGAGUCAUUGAGGGAGUCGGACCUGGACCACUACAGUGCCGUUAUCAUGGACGAGGCUCACGAGCGCUCCCUGAAUACUGACGUGCUGUUCGGCCUGCUACGUGAGGUUGUAGCUCGACGUACUGAUUUAAAACUCAUAGUUACCUCUGCAACUAUGGACUCGGACAAGUUUGCUGCAUUUUUUGGCAACGUACCUAUUUUCCACAUUCCAGGAAGAACUUUUCCCGUAGACGUCUUAUUUAGCAAGACUCCUCAGGAGGACUAUGUGGAGGCAGCAGUGAAGCAGGCCCUGCAGAUCCACCUCAGUGGGCUGAUAGGAGACAUCCUCAUCUUUAUGCCCGGGCAGGAGGAUAUCGAGGUGACGUCAGAUCAGAUCACGGAGCGGCUGGAGGACUUGGAUAAUGCUCCUGCUCUGACUGUGUUGCCCAUCUACUCCCAGCUGCCUUCUGACCUCCAGGCCAAGAUCUUCCAGAAGGCUCCGGACGGUGUGAGGAAAUGCAUUGUCGCUACCAACAUCGCUGAAACCUCCCUCACUGUGGAUGGAAUCAUGUUUGUCGUAGAUGCAGGAUACUGCAAACUUAAGGUUUUCAAUCCUCGCAUUGGAAUGGAUGCGCUACAGGUUUAUCCCAUCAGCCAGGCGAAUGCCAACCAGCGUUCUGGCCGAGCAGGACGUACAGGACCAGGGCAGUGUUACAGGCUCUACACUCAGAGCGCCUAUAAGAAUGAGAUGCUGACUACCACCAUACCAGAGAUCCAGAGGACCAACCUGGCAAAUGUGGUCCUGCUGUUAAAGUCUCUGGGUGUUCAGGAUUUGCUCCUCUUCCACUUCAUGGAUCCACCACCUGAGGACAACAUGCUCAACUCCAUGUACCAGCUCUGGAUCUUGGGAGCUCUGGACAACACAGGUGCUUUGACACCGACGGGGCGUCUGAUGGUGGAGUUCCCCCUCGACCCCGCCCUCUCCAAGAUGCUGAUUGUGUCCUGCGACAUGGCCUGCAGUGCUGACAUCCUUAUCAUAGUCUCCAUGCUGUCUGUGCCGGCCAUCUUCUACAGGCCUAAGGGUCGUGAGGAGGAGAGUGACCAGGUGAGGGAGAAGUUCGCAGUCCCAGAGAGCGACCACCUCACAUACCUUAACGUCUACAUGCAGUGGAAAAACAACAACUACUCCAGCGUCUGGUGCAAUGAGCACUUCAUCCACACCAAGGCCAUGCGCAAGGUGCGUGAGGUGCGCUCCCAGUUAAAGGACAUCAUGGUGCAGCAGAGGAUGAACCUGAUUUCCUGCGGGUCAGACUGGGACAUCAUCAGAAAGUGCAUCUGUGCCGCAUACUUCCACCAGGCUGCCAAGCUCAAGGGCAUUGGUGAAUAUGUGAACGUGAGGACAGGCAUGCCGUGUCACCUCCAUCCUACCAGCUCCCUGUUUGGUAUGGGCUACACCCCGGACUACAUCAUCUACCACGAGCUCGUCAUGACCACCAAGGAGUACAUGCAGUGUGUGACUUCAGUGGAUGGAGAGUGGCUGGCAGAACUUGGGCCCAUGUUUUACAGCGUCAAACAAGCAGGAAAAAGCAGGACGGAGAACCGUCGCCGGGCCAAAGAGGAGAUCACCAACAUGGAGGAGGAGAUGUCCAUGGCUGAGGAGCAGCUGCAAGCCCGCCGAGAGGAGCAGGACAAGAAGAGCAACACCGGCACUGUUAAGGUUGUGAAAAUCUGCACACCGGGAAGAAAAGACGAGGCCCCCAUGACGCCCAGACGCACCCCUGCUCGCUUUGGACUGUAGAACCCCCCCCCCCAUCAACCAAUCAUGUUGACUCCCCUAGACUCAUUAUUACCCAGACCUGGACCACACCAGCACAAGCAAACAGUGUAACUUCCAGCUGCCAUUUGUCCCUCCCAGCAUGGCCAGAAUCAACUGCAGUUCAUGUACAGACCACUAGAGUGAGAACUUGUAUAAGGCACAAGACUCAAAGACGAGCCAGCUCCCUUCACCUUCAUCAGCCGAUAGCUGUUUCCAUGAUACAUUUUAAUCAAAUAAAGGACUGCAUUGUUGUUUUUUUGUAUAUUCAGUAUUUAUAUGUUGUCAUCACUGAAAAGUGAUUUUACAAAUGUCUAUACAGUAAUGAUUUUACUCAAACUAGAAGCAUUUCAUUUUCUAUGUUCUGUUGCAUUUUUUUCCAUCUUGAAUGUAUUAUCAGAGGUAAACUGAUAAAUAGUGAUCUAAUUUCAAUGUUACUUGUCUUUGUGUCUUUGCAUUUACUAGUUCUUGUUCUGUCGUGGCCUGAAGUGUGUGCGUGUGUGUGUGUGGUGUGUGUGUGUGUGUGUGUGUGCGUGUGUGUGUGUGUGUGCGCGUGCGACCAUUAAGUGCUCUUCUACGGACUGAAGCACUAUUCAAACUGUACUUGUGGCAUGAGUGUCUUCAGACUCUAGAGUUGUAUUGUAAUGCCCCCCAAUACACACACAACACACUCAUGCAGGCUUAGGCGAUUGACCUUUUUCUAUUUUCUGUUAACCCCGUUCCACCACUGUAAUGUACCACAGCUUUGCUUCAUACAAAACAUUAUCACGCUGGAUUAAACCUAUCAACGGUUUUAUUUUCAUGGUCCUUGUGUUCAAAAUAACACAGUUUCCUUCGUAGUUUUCCUCGAAACAAAUGUUUGCAAAUGUGUCUUUUUAAAUGGGUAAAUGUGUUUGUUGAUGUACGCCCUCGUCUGCCCUCGCAGCUGAUCCGAAUAUUGUGCAGCUUCGGAUAGACUGGUCGAUCUGUAUCAACACAGGUCAGCGAGGGCCAUGUUUGGAUAGUGACAGUGGCUCUCUUUUGUCUUUUUUUACAUGGAUCUGAGCCAGCAGGAGGACUGCUAAUGGAUUUUUUUUGUCUCGACAUCUUUUGUAAAUGAAAAAAAUAAAUGUUAGCUAUUUUUUAAA